AUGAGCGUUCCACUACAUACAAUUCCUCCCAAUGAGAGGACAAGCUACAUGAUCGACCAGCUCGAGGGAGAGCGCGUUAGCAUUCCUGGCAGCAAGGGUGUUUUCAGAAUCCUUGCUUCGUCGAAGCAGACUAAUGGCGGCAUGGCUGUGUUUACUAGUGGUGCCGUGUUAGCGGAUGCGCCUGGUUUUCACUGGCAUGAGGAAGCUCAUGAUGUCUUUCUUGUCACCAAAGGUUUCUUGAAGCUAUGGAGUGGAGAUAAGUGUCGAAUCAUGGGUCCUGGCGACUUUGCUUACAUCCCUCCUCAUGUUAUCCAUAACCCUCUCCUGCUCGGACCUCACACCGAGACUGUUGGUCUAGUAGCACCAGGUGACUGGGUUGACUUCUUCAGAUAUGUCGGCGAGACAUAUAAUGGCAUUCUUGUGCCGCAGACAGAUGAUCGCGACAUCAAGUCAAUGGUUAUGCAGAAGAUGAUGGCGGCCAAGGACAGAUUCGACGUUCACUUCAAGCGUGACUACCAGCCACCUGAGGUCAGCGAGUGGCUUGACUCUGAGAACCAGCUAGCUGGCCCUGGCGAAGCUUAUUUCCUACGGGCCAAUACUGGACCCAGAUGGCUUCUUGGAGGAGUCAUGUCAAGACCUUUCAUCUUGGCAUCUCAAUCUGGCGGCAAAUUCUCAAUGUCGAGUAUUGAGUCGUCUAAUGUCUAUGCGAAGUCACCUCUGAGCAAGUGGCUUACCUUUACUUCCAUUGAUCAUUGCUUCAUCGUUCAAGAAGGCCUUCUCAGAGUGAAGAUCAAGUCUGGUGACAACACUUGGAAUGAAGUCAGGGAGGGCCAGACAGUGGUCAUCGCUGCAGGAGAGACUUUCACAUUGGACUUUGGCAGUAAAUAUGUUCGUGUCUGGACGUUCGCCAACGGACGAGGAAUUGAGGAGCUGGUUCAGAAUGCUGGAUCUCCGGCUACUGGAUUCGUGCUGCCUGACGAGAUGGGAGACUGGGACGAGUCCAAGCUGCUGGACGUAUGUAAAGACCUUGGGGUGGAGGUUUCAGAACUAUAG